AUGGCUUCUAGCUAUGUUCCUGGAGUUAUGUCAGGGUUUAGUGAGAAAAUGACGAUGAAGGAAAGGUUUAUUAAUACACUUCAAGCAUUUGGAGGUUAGUUACUGAAGAUUUUUUUAAUUUGAUUAUUUUUCUACAUAGGAGGAUAUUUCUUCUCAUAUAUUGGAGAUUAUGAAUUUGAAAAAGUCAAGGAUGUUGCAAAAAUCAAUCGAUCUUGGCGGGAAGUUUUGCCAGAAGCCUCAUAUGUUUUCACAAAUCAGAUUCCAAUUUUGGACUUCCCAGCUCCAACUUUUGACAAAAUUAUUCCAAUUGGUGGAAUUUCUGUGAACACAAAACGAGGGGAAAUGAAGCUUCCAGAAAAAUGGGAUAAGAUUUUGAAUAUUCGCAAGAAAAAUGUUUUUAUUUCUUUUGGAUCAAAUGCAAGAAGUAUGCAUAUGCCAGAGGAAUAUAAGUGAGUUAUUGAAAGUCUAAAAUUUCAGAAAAAUCUUUAAUUUCAGAAAAUCGUUGCUUCAAGUAUUUGCUUCAAUGCCAGAUGUAACAUUUAUUUGGAAAUAUGAAGAUGAAAAUGAUAAAUUGGCUGAUCAUUUGAAGAAUGUUUAUCUAGGAUCAUGGCUUCCACAAAAUGAACUUCUAGGUAACCGAGAACUUCGAUAAACAUUUUUAAAAUCAAUAUUUUCAGCUGAUCCAAGAUUGAAUGUUUUUGUGACUCACGGUGGUUUGGCAAGCACUUGGGAAUUAUCACUUUUGGGAAAACCUUGUGUGAUGAUUCCACUUUUCGCUGAUCAAAAUCGAAAUGCAGCAAUGCUCCAAAGACAUGGAGGAGUUGAAGUUUUGAACAAAGACAAUCUAGACAAUCCAGAUCUCCUUCAAAAAACAAUCAAAAAAGUGUUGAAUAAUCCAAAUUAUAAAAAGAAUGCUGAAAAUUUGGCUGAAAAAUUGAAUAAUCUUCCAACAAAUCCACGUGAAGUUCUAGUAAAACAUGUUGAAUUUGCAGCAAAAUUUGGAAAAUUGCCAAGUUUAGAUAAUUAUGGAAGACAUUUAUCAAUUAUUCAAUAUUAUCUUAUUGAUAUUUUUGCUAUUAUUUUUGGGAUUUUAUUGAUUGUUUUGUAUAUUUUUUAUAGAAUUUUUAGAUUUUUUUUGAGCAAAGUUUCCUGUAAAAAUUCCAAUUCCAAAGCAAAAAAUGACUAG